CUAAUCAUGGAAAGCUUCAUUCUGAUAAUUCUGGUAAUUUUGCCAGGUGUGCAGGGUGGGGACUGGGGGGUGACCUCUGGAGAUCAGUGUGCUUUGAGAGGGUCGUCAGUGAUCAUAGACUGUCAGUACGACUAUCCUUCAGGGCGGUGGGUCACGUCAGUGGGCUGGUCCAGACUCCGUCAGGGGCAUUUUAUCCUCUCAAAGCUCCCUCUGAACUCAGCAUACUUUAACUAUGUGGGCAACUACAGGGGUGACUGCCGUCUGCGGAUCAAUAAUGUACAGCACGAUGAUGAAGGAGCAUACCUUUUCAAUUUCGUGACAACAAUCAACAGAUGGACAAGCAAGAGAGCGGCUCGUUUGUCCGUAAGAGAGCUGACCACAGUGGUGGAGCCGAGCACAGUGACAGAGGGGGGGGAGGUCCGUCUGUCCUGUGUGUCGGGCUGCUCUACACCGGUCAACAUCCUCUGGUUCAGAGACGGACAGCCUGUCCCACAGCCGGGGUUCCAGGCUACCAGAGAGGAUGCUGGGAGAUACUACUGUACCGUCCAGGGACAGGACACGGUCAGAUCUGCCCCUGUGGCUCUGAAUGUUCAAU